UUUUCCUUUCUCAGUCAACAGAAGGAGAAGGAAAUGAGCCGACAUGUCUGAGGGCAGCAAGGGGAGCUCGCUGGCCUUUGGCCAGGUGGUAAUCGGGCCUCCAGGCUCCGGGAAGACGACCUACUGCCACGGCAUGCAGGAGUUCAUGGGCAGGAUCGGGCGUAAGGUGUCGGUGGUGAACCUGGACCCCGCCAAUGAGGCGAUGCCCUACCAGUGUGCCGUGGACAUCGCCGAGCUCAUCACCCUACCCGACGUGAUGGAGAACUUGAAGCUGGGACCCAACGGCGGGUUGAUCUACUGCAUGGAGUACCUGGAGGCCAACUUUGACUGGCUGCAGGAGAAGCUGGCUGCGUUCAGGGGUCACUACUACUUGUUUGACUGCCCAGGGCAGGUGGAGCUCUACACCCACCACGACGCCCUGAAGAACGUCUUCGCGCAGUUGGCCAAGUGGAAUUUCAGGCUGGCUGCGGUGCAUUUGGUGGAUUCUCACUACUGCACGGAUCCUGGCAAGUUCAUCUCUGUUCUCUGCACCUCGCUUUCCACUAUGCUGCACGUGGAACUGCCCCAUGUCAACAUCCUCUCCAAAAUGGACCUGAUCGAGCAAUAUGGCAAGCUGGCUUUCAACCUGGAUUAUUACACAGAGGUCCUGGACCUCUCUUAUUUGGUUGACCAUUUAGCUUCUGACCCCUUCUUCAGAAAUUACCGCCGCCUCAAUGAGAAGCUGGUGGAGGUGAUCGAGGAUUACAGCCUGGUGUCCUUCGUUCCGCUCAACGUCCAGGAUAAGGAGAGCAUGCGGCAGGUGAUGCAGGCGGUGGACAAAGCCAACGGCUAUUCCUUUGGAGACCAGGAGCACAGGAGCCUGGAAGCUCUCAUGUCGGCAGCAGUGGGAGCCGAUUUCCACUUUACUUCCACACUUGCAGUGCAGGAGAAGUAUGUGCAAUCUCAGGACAAAGCCGUGGAAGAAGAAGUGAUGGAUCUGUAACACACCCACCUCUUCCACAGCUGCUCUCGGUUUUGACACCUCUCUUUUUCCUACCAGGAGCUUAAGGGAUCUCCGCCGCAUGUGACUCAGACGAAGUGAAAGCCUUUCCAGGCAGAGUUCUGGCCGCUGGACUCCCUCUCUAAGGGUUUGACCUC